AUGGCAUGGUUGCCGAGCUGGCAUCUUGCUGCCCUCCUGCUGCUUCUUGGCGAUUCUGGUUCCUUGACGUGGGCUUGGACCCCUGAAGAGACCAAAGCUACCCCUCCGGGGACCAGGGCUGCCAAAGAAUCGGGUGUUUUGGGAUCCGCCAUCUCUUCCAUCUCCACAGCGCCUCAGGGAGUCUGGGGCGAGAGCUGCGAUUGGGGGAAGCCGCAGGUGUCCCUGGUGCAGUCGGGCGCCUCCAGGCGGAAAGCUGCAAGCGCACCGAAACCCUGGGAUGUCCGCAUGUACUUCAUUGCAGAGCACCACAAGUCUGGGUCGUUGAUGCUACAAGAGGCGCUGGCAGCCAUCUUUGCGGGCCUCGGCGAACCACGAUCCUGUACCCAAGUUCCUGAAAACGCACUGACCACCCACAGCGUGCCCUGCGAGCAGUAUCCCAACUCCACCAUCCAGGUGCACUCAAACCCGAGCCCUUUUGCUGUGCAGUCGGCGCGCGCCAUGGCGCGGAGCCAGCGCCUGGACUUUCGGGCUGUGCAUGCCAUCAGGAAGCCGAAGGACAUGCUGGUCUCGGCUUACUGCUACUCCAAGCGCCUGAAGGAGGCCACCGACGCACAGUUUGCACAUUUCCCCUGGGAGGAGUUCUUGUCCAAUGGCCCAGCUCACGGUAUGAUGAUUCUCUGGAACUGGGAAAUGCACAGGCAAUUUAGCCACAUGGCCGACAUGUUUCUCCACACGACCCCGCUUGAGACCUUUACGAUCCGCUACGAGGAAGUGACAAACUCUUCGGCCGACUUCGACAAAGUCAUGCAAGGACUCUUGGGCCACUUCUUUGACGGCUUGGUCUCCGAAUCUGUUCUCCAACAGCUCGCGGAGGAUGCCAAAGUGGCAGACUUGCAUCGACACCCUGGGUCCGGCGGCGAGCACACGAAUGACCCCGACUGCAUGGCGACAGCGAGCGCCGCCCUUCUGUCGUUGGAUCCUGCUAUUCUGGAGCAACUGAAGACCUGGCAGGCGCUGUUGGGAUACCCCACGGCGAACUGGCCAGACCCCCUCAUCGACUGA